AUGCGAGCUUUGGUUAUAUUCUUCCUCAUUGAAGAGGGUUUUGCGUUGGCGCAGAAAACUAAAGGCAUUUCUCAGACCAGAGCAGAGACGGACAAGCGCCCAUCUCACUGUGGCACGUGGGUGCGUGGUCCAAACGGAGGAAGCUUUAGUUCACCAAACUACCCCAACACCUAUCCACCCAACCAAGAGUGUGUUUAUAUACUGGAAGCAUUCCCUCGUAAGCGGAUUGAGCUGAUUUUUGAUGAAGUGUACAGCCUUGAGCCUUCAUUUGAGUGUCGCUUUGAUAAUAUUGAGGUUCGGGACGGCCCGUUUGGGUUUUCUCCACUCAUAAAUCGGUUCUGCGGACCCACAAGUCCUAGUGUGGUCACGUCAAGCGGGCGCUUUAUGUGGAUCAAAUUUACCAGUGACGAAGAACUGGAGGGACAGGGCUUUAGAGUGGAGUACAGAUUUACUGCAGAUCCUGACUUUCACCUCCACGUGGGAGGCUUACUAAACCCUAUCCCCGACUGUCAGUUUGAGCUGGGUGGGGCAGAUGGGGUCAUUCGUUCGGGGCAGGUUGAGGAGGCGAAUAAGGUCAGGUCUGAUGAAGCGGUCGAUUGCAUCUGGACCAUACGAGCUCCUCCCAACUCUAAGAUUUAUCUACGUUUUCUGGAGUACCAGAUGGAGAACUCUAAUGAAUGUAAGAAGAAUUUUGUGGCGGUGUACGAUGGCAGCAGUGCCAUUGAGGACCUGAAGGCCAAGUUCUGCAGCACCGUGGCCAAUGACAUCAUGCUUGACAACGGAGUGGGCGUGGUCAGGAUGUGGGCGGACGAAAGCAGCCGACUCAGCCGCUUCCGCAUGCUCUUCACCUCUUUCAGCGACCCUCCGUGUUCGCCAAACGCAUUUUUCUGCCACAGUAACAUGUGUAUCAACAAUUCUCUGGUGUGUAACGGAGUUCAGAACUGUGUGUUUCCCUGGGAUGAGAACAACUGUAAAGAGAAGAAAGCGAAAGGCUUUUUCCAGCAGAUGAGUAAAACUCACACUACGAUGAUUGGUGUAUCGACGGGCGUGGUCUUCCUCCUCCUUAUCGUGUCUAUUCUGGUUCAGCUGAAACAGCCGAGAAAGAAGGUUGUGGUGAGGAGAUGUUUGUUCAGCCCUGCGGGCAUGCAGGAGGUGUUGGAACCUCCUCACUAUGAGCUGUUUUCCCUGAGGGAGCGAAAUAGGGAGUGUGAGGAGGUGUCAGAUCCACUGGCCGGGCUGCCUGAGGAGCUGGAGAGCUUUAAGAAGAUUCGGCGCUCCUCUUCACGCUGCAUCCAUGAACAUCACUGUGGGUCCCAUGCCAGCACCUCCUCCGCCCCUGGCCCCGCCCCCCGAGCCCAGCGACUGCUGCAGGACGUGGAGGAGCUGAGUGGCCCCGCCCCCAGGACCUUUGGUAGACAUGUGAACACACACACACAGAGUGCUCACAGCCUGGAUGAGGCGCUGGAAGAGCGUGUGAUGGAAGAGGUUAAUUACGAGGCCUUUGUGCGAGGCAGAAGCGGCGUCAUCGCCAUGCCGACACGUAACCAUGCCAACAUCAUCCAGCAACGUUCCCUCUCCAUGGACUUCUGA